AUGAUGAACUUGCCAGACUUCCUAAAUAAUGGCGAUUCAAUCAAUGGAAGGGAUUAUAACAGCCGUUCAAAUGGUGGUAGCAGGCACAACCUGAUAUUUGACAAUGGCACAAGCAACAAUAGUAUACCCCCGACUGCACCAUCCAAUAACGACGACCCUCUACAUCAAUCCGAUUUCAAUGACAUUUUGUAUGGCAAACUAUCAAACUUGAAUGAUUAUACGGAGGUGGAUUAUUCUAGAUACUAUUACAACCAGCCAACAGCAAACAACUCCAAUUUCAGAGAUACUUUCAACUUGCCUGCUGAAUUGCAAGGUGGAGUAACCAAUAUCUCAUCCAGAAGACCAAGUUACGCCGCAGAGUCAUUCACCAGAAACAAUUUUUUCCAGCAGCAACCUUCAGCUGCGUCACCCAGUGCAGCAGCACCAGCAGCACCUGCAGCAGGGGUAACACCUUCGCAGACAUCGCAGUUUGGCUCACAAUCUUCCAAUUUCUUUGGCAAUAGCAACAUUAAUAGCAGCCAUGGUAACAGAGGCUUAUCUUCAUUUGCAAUGAUAAACAACUUUCAAGCCAAGAAUAACCAGUUUAAUGGCAAUGGAUUCAACUUUGCGGAUGCAUUUGGAGAGCUUAAUCUAAACUCUGGGUCGAGAUUUAGUGAAUUCCAAUCAAGGAGACCAAGUCAGUUGGUUGAUUUUCCUUGGAACUCGCCGGCAGCAGUAGCACCAGCACCAGCACCAGCAGCAGCACCAGCAGCACAACCACAAUCACAGCCACAGCUACAAUCACAGCAAUUUUUUUCACCACAGCAGCUUCAAAGUCGAUCCUUUGAACAACCAGGUGCAGCUGUAGCAGGAGCUGGACGCAGUGUUUCUAUCGAUGUAACAGGCACUAAUACUUUUGCUCCAUUUGCAGACAUGAAUACUGCUCCGACAUCAGGCCAGGCAAGGCAACAAUCUCGUGCCACUAUUCCUCCUCAAGUUAUGCCUAGAGGUAUGGCACAUGGUGGAAAACAGCAAUCUCUGCAAACACGGGAAUUUUAUCCCUCCCUGCAGCAACCUCAACUUCAAUUUCGGAACGCUCAACUUCAACCAGAUCAAGGAUUUGUAUCGCAUCAAACGUCACUGAGUACUAGUGCUGCUCCUGGACAGUCGGUUAAAUUGGAAAACGGUUUACUUUUGAAGGAUCAGUACAUUGUUGCGUCACCGGAUUUGAAACAAUUGUAUUCCAAAACAAAGAGAUAUUACCAGGAUGAGAAAUUCACGAGCGAGGUCUUAACCAAAAUAAAUGGGUUAUUGGGAAAUCCUGUAAUCACCAAACUAAUUACCUUUAUUAAGAAUUUGAACAAUUUGACCUUCAAUCACAAAAUAUUGUGUUUGGUAAUAAACAAGAAUGGGAAAUUUGACUUAUUGUCCUAUCCAAACAAUUCCAAUAUAUUCUUACAGAAGGAAGAUUUGGUUAUAGUUGAUGGGGACAGAGGCAAAGAUUUGGUAAUGAUUGUCGAGCCCUUGGUGAAUUUAAAUUUUGCUGUGUUGUUCAAUUUUUUCAAGAAAUUGGAACAUUUGAAAAGUUUGACUAUCCAUGAAGGACACGGAGGUAAAGCGCAUGGAGGUACACAUCCCACGACAAUGAAUGCAUCGACCAUAAUCAACUCGCAUUCGAAUGAAGACAAUGAGUUCAUUAUCACUUUGCCAACGAAGCAAGUGUUGCGGUUUGCCACGCCAAAGGAGGUUCAUAAAAUCAGUGGCAAGUUUCUUGAAGAGAAAAAGGCAUUUAUUACAUGCUUCAACAAGAUUAAAGAGUUGGGGUUGGAUUCGGAUUUAACAUUGAUUAAUGUAGAGUAUCAAUGUGAUUUCAAAAAACUAAUAUUUUAUUACUUUGCAGGGUUUAAGCGAAUUGAUUUUAGAGGACUCAUAAAAGAAUUGUUCAAAAUUUACAAAACAAGAAUUUGGUUGUGUGCUGUUUUACCAUUCAAUCAACCAGAAUUGUAUAUCACCAUGGAGGAAGAGGAAGGGGAGAAACGAACUUUGAAUGGGAAAUCAAAGACAAACACAAAUGGCAGUGGAGAUUUUACUGACCAUCGUCUAGCUCUUUUCCCAAAGGAGUAUGAGUUAACGAAUGAACAGAUUUUGAAUUUUGCCAUUACUGAGUUUGAUUCAUUACCACCCCCUAACUAUUUCCACCUGGUGAAUUUACUAAAUUUAAUUAGACAUUUAACCAACGAGUUAAAGAGUCCAUUUUAUGGAUUCAACAAUGACAAAAGUGAGAGCAAAUAA